AUGUUUAUAGACGCUCAGUUACUGAUAUUCGCCAACAAACAGGACUUUCCCAACGCGAUGACAACGGUAGAAAUGACGAAGGCCCUCCAGCUGGAAGUGAUCAGAGAUAGGGAGUGGUACGUCCAACCAACAAAUGCUGUCAGUGGUGAAGGUCUCAUCGAAGGUCUCGACUGGCUCCAUUCUGUUAUAACGAAGUAA